AUGAUGGAAUUGCCUCCAGAAAUUCAUGAUAGAAUAGUUCUUUACGUGGAAGAUCCCACCUUCGAUGAUAGCCAAUAUAUCGGUAGACAGUGCCAACUCUACGACACCGCAGGAAGAGAACGGCUCUCCGUUUUACGCUUGAUCAAUAAAGGCUUCUGCCGGAGCGCAUCACUACGCCUCUUUCGAAUCAUGCAUGUAAAGUACCCAAGCAGUGAAAUGUCCAAUCAUUGGGCUCCAAAGCGGCUAUUUGAGCUCUCGCAAAGUCAGUAUUGUACUGCUGUCCGAGAAAUUGAGGUGGCUACAGAAAGAUAUAAAUCUGAUCGACCUGCAAAGCUCCAACUAUUCACCGAAGACCUUGCCGCUCUCCUCCCAGCAAGCCUCUGCAAUUUCAAGAGUCUGUCAGUACUCAAAUUGUCAUUCCCAAACACUCCACGAUCAAUGUGCACAGAGCUUGUCGGGAACAUCUUUCGCUAUGUUCCAUUGUCUAGCCUGAACGAACUCCAUCUCGCCCUCCCCCUCACAUGCGAUUUUGCAACUCUUCUAAAGGGGGAAACGAUAAAUAGCUCAACCUCUUCACGUUUUUCAAUCAAGUCAAUCAUGAAACAACUCAGAUAUCUCAGUGUUUCCGUCUGCGAUGGGUCUGGCAAUGGUGGUCAACGCUACUUCCAGACCCCCGCAACGCCUGCGCAGACAGCAUUCCCGAACCAAAGUUACUCCGAUCAACUUUUCGAAUUUGUACAGUUGGCAGAGAAACUGUCGUCUCUUCAAGUAACGAGCACCCACAUUUUGAAUAUGGAUGUCCUCGAUACCACCUACCUACAAAACCUGCGUUAUCUCGAACUCACAAGCGUGAAGAUUUCCCACACGACGCUCUUAUCAAUGAUACAGCAAAGCCACGAAAAAAUGAAUUCUAUAUGGUUCUGUGAAGUUCAGCUUAAGAGCGGGACAUGGAAAGAGGUUCUUGUCCAACUAUGCUGUUUUCCACAUCUGGAGGCCUUUCGUAUGGACUCUUGUGGCUAUUCGACAGACGGACGGUCGUCAAAAUGGGCUCUUCGUUUGCUGCCACCGAUAGAUGAACUCACAGAUAUCGAGACCUUGUACUUCGCCGACUUUUUCGCUCUGGGUAAUCUCCAACGACAGAUCGUUGCUAAUCGUCAUGCAAAUGGGCUUCCUGAAUUGGAUCAUUACACGAUGAAGUAUGAGUAUCGUCACGCGAAGAAGCCGUCUUUAGAGGAUUAUUUGGCACAGUUGACUCUCGGGGACUAA